AGGAGGCGGCGGCCGAGGACGAGGAAGGGGCAGCGGGGGUGCGGCCGCCGAGGGGAGCUCCUCCUCCGUCCCCUCACCCCCUCAGCUCAGCUCCUCGAGCCCCGGGCGGGGCGGGGGUACGUGGAGCGGGGCAGGGCGGGGGAGCUGCUCUGAGUCGGGUCGGAGCGCACCCCGGCUCCGAGCGCACGCCACUCGCAGGAACUUUGUGGCGGCGCCGCAGGUGUGGGGCCCGCGGAGGUGUGCAUGUGGGGCGCGAGGGCGUCGCAGAGAGCGGCCGUUGCUGUGUCCGGCCCCCGCUGCAGUAGCCCGGAGGAAGCCAGCAAGGAGAAAGGUGUGUGCCGUCUUCCCGAUUCUAGAGAAAAAUGCCGGUCCGGAAACAAGAUACCCAGAGAGCGUUGCACCUUUUAGAAGAAUAUCGUUCGAAAUUAAGCCAAACUGAAGACAGACAGCUCAGAAGUUCCAUAGAACGGGUUAUUAACAUAUUUCAGAGCAAUCUGUUUCAGGCUCUAAUAGAUAUUCAAGAAUUUUAUGAAGUGACCUUACUGGAUAAUCCAAAAUGUAUAGAUCGUUCAAAGCAGUCUGAACCAAUUCGGCCUGUGAAUACUUGGGAAAUUUCCAGCGUUCCAAGCACUACUGUGACUUCAGAAACACUGCCAAGCAGCCUUAGCCCUAUUGUAGAG